GCGGUAACAGCAGCAGUCCCGUCUGCAUCUGGAAGGAAGCGGAAAUACACGCACGAUAGCUCGGGCAACAAAAAAAAACAGACGUAUUUUUAUUUCACAUCUAAAAAAGGAAAUAAAACAGAGGGAUACAAAUACGGAGGACAUUUUAUUGAACAAGACAUUGGACUAAAACCUAUUGCCUAGAAGGGUACCUCCGAGUGCCCUGAAUGUGAGGAUCCUACCGGCCAGGGACGGGUCCUAGACGGGAGGAGAGACUCGGGAGAACCGCGGCUGUGUUUCACUGUGAGUGCCUGGGCACGCACGGCUAUAGGCACACAACUAUCCCAACCACCGAAGCUAUGGAGGCCAUCGCAAAAUAUGACUUUAAAGCCACUGCUGAUGACGAAUUAAGUUUUAAACGUGGGGAAAUAUUAAAGGUAUUAAAUGAAGAGUGUGAUCAGAACUGGUACAAAGCUGAGCUGAAUGGCAAAGACGGCUUCAUCCCCAAAAACUACAUAGAGAUGAAGGCCCAUCCGUGGUUCUUUGGGAAGAUCCCCCGGGCCAAGGCAGAGGAGAUGCUGAAUAAGCAGCGCCACGAUGGAGCCUUCCUCAUCAGAGAGAGUGAGAGCGCUCCAGGAGACUUCUCUCUCUCAGUCAAGUUUGGUAAUGACGUGCAGCACUUCAAGGUUCUGCGUGAUGGGGCAGGGAAGUACUUCCUCUGGGUGGUGAAGUUCAACUCCUUGAACGAGCUAGUGGACUACCACCGCUCCACCUCCGUGUCUCGCAACCAGCAGAUCUUCCUCCGGGACAUAGAGCAGGUCACCCAGCACCCCACCUAUGUGCAGGCGUUGUUUGACUUCGACCCCCAGGAGGACGGGGAGCUUGGCUUCAGGCGUGGAGACUACAUCCAGGUCCUGGACAACUCCGACCCCAACUGGUGGAAGGGAGGCUGUCACGGUCUCACUGGCAUGUUCCCCCGCAACUACGUCACUCCUGUUAACCGGAACAUGUAAACACACACACACCAGGAUAACAAGGACCACCAUCUCCACCCCCUCCCAGACGUCAGGAGAACGGAGGAAGAGAGGAGGAGGAAGGUGUGUCUCAUAGCAGGGGGGGGCAGGUGAAGGCGGUGCUCAGCUGAACCACCUAGAACUUUCUCUGACAGUCAGGAUUGAACUGUGUCCCUGGGAGGAGAAAAGUCUCCAUCCUUUCCUCCACCUCUUCCAACUCCUCCCCCCUCCCCUCCAUCCCCUCCUUACCUCCAUCCUUUCCUCCACC